AUGUCUCUUCAUACCUCUUACCAUGCCGACUCGGAUGCGGACGACGAGUACGAGCGUAGCGUCAUCACAUCACCUCAUCUGGCCACCGACUCCGAGGCCUCUCCUUCCGAAUCUGAAUUUCCAUCAGCAGAACACACCCCGACUACCUUAGCAAACAUAGAAGACAACCCGCGGUCUCCCCGAACGAUCAUUACCGAAUGGACUGCUGAGGAGUGUGCCAACUUUGUUGCCGCCCUCGGUCUUCGUCAAUACUGCGGGGCAUUUAUAGAGAACGAAAUCGUUGGCGAAGCGCUCAUUGCCCUGAAACACGAUGAGUUGAAGGAAAUGGGCAUUGCGAGUGUGGGACAUCGGUUGACCAUACUGAAAAGCGUAUACGAAACCAAAGUCAAACAAGAUAUUCCCAUUGACGCAGACCACUAUAUCCCACUCUCUGCCGACCAGAGCAUGAACGAAGGCGCCACCCAAGAAGAUAUUGCUCGCUUAAUCCAGUCGAUCCGGAUACGAGAUGAGCGCAUCGUGACAAUGGAGUCAGAGAUGCGACGUAUCGCAGAGGAAUACCGUCGACUGCGCGAAGAGCUGCUCCCCGUUUUCAAAAUGGCCAAGGACAAGUCACAGCCACUACCCCCACCGACCUCCGUGCCAGUAUCCAGCUCCGAAGGAUAUCACGAUGGUCAAACGCUCACAUCUCCUUCCGGAAUAACCCUUUUGGAUCGUUCGGGAUCUAUCUUGUCCCGGACGUUCUCCAAAAGGGGCCACACUGGGGGCACGACACCGAAGACCAACUCUCCUACACAUAUUCCUCCUUCGAUCCACGAGGGCCGAAUGUAUAGUGAUGGCGGCGGGCUCGACCCAUCGACGGCAAAUUCCUCCCACAUGACUAUACUAAACGGCAAGUCGCAACUCUCUCCCGGCAUCCCAAGCCCGACAUCACCCGGAAACCAUUACGCCCCGCAGACUUUAGCCUCGCGAGCCUAUACGCAAUCAAGUUCUAACAGCAUAAACCACAUGUCCCAUAAUCACCACGAAGACACUCUUCCGCCCCAGUCCCGGUCAGACCGGUUGAAUCCCACGCCAACCCAAGCGACACGUCCCGACAUCCCCACCCGGUCAGAAUCCAGGGCAACGCAAGAGCCACCCAGUGUUGAAAUCUUCAAAUCCUUCCGCGUGUCGAUGGAUGAUCCGUGCCACAAGGUCCUUCCGGCCGCGCUUAAGAAGUAUAAUAUCAACGCUGAUUGGAAGCAAUACGCCCUGUACAUCGUGUAUGGUGAUCAAGAACGGUGCCUCGGCUUAGAGGAGAGACCACUCAUCCUCUUCAAGCAGCUCGAAAAGGAAGGCCGCAAACCGAUGUUUAUGUUGCGGAAGCAGGUUCAUCCGAUUGAGAGCGGCAUGUACUCUGGAGGAGGGUCCGCACCGAACAGCGCUGGCUUUGAGGGGCGGCAAGCCCAGAUCAACCUGCCAGGCGGAGUCCUGUGA